GUUGGCGAGGAGGGCACACAGUCGGGGGGCGAGGCCUGGCCUAGUUGGCGGUGCGGCCUCGGCCUCUGCCUGCUGCGCUCUCCCCCGGAUUCCCGGCGACAGGCCACGGCCCGGCAUGGAGCGCGUCCCCCCCCGAGCCUGCUGACGGAUGAAACUUGGGUCAGACAAGAUCUGUGGAGAAAUUCAGCUGUGGAUCCUUCAUUGAAACCGAUCUUAAGCAAAGGUCCUGACCAGACUCUUCAGCGCGAGUGAAUGUGUCCAUGAAUUGCGACUCCUCGGAAGCAGCCAUGAAUGGACCUUCUCUUCACCCUCAGAUGAUGGGGUCUGGGAUCAGCCCCUCCCUCACCUCCCCAGGGCAGCUUCAUUCACCCAUUAGCACUUUGAACUCUCCAAUGAAUGGACUGGGCUCUCCCUAUUCGGUUAUCAGCUCGCCGUUAGGCCCGCACACGCUCUCCAUCCCGACGUCUCACAGCAUGGGAUACGGAGGCCACAGUCCGCAGAUAAACUCGCCUAUGAAUUCAGUCAGCAGCACAGAGGAUGUGAAGCCACCUUUAGGAAUCAAUGGCAUGCUUAAAAUGCCAUCCCAUUCUUCAAAUUGUCCGAUUUCGCUCACCAAACACAUCUGUGCCAUUUGUGGGGACAGGUCUUCAGGCAAGCAUUACGGCGUUUACAGUUGUGAAGGUUGCAAAGGAUUCUUCAAACGCACAGUGCGCAAAGACCUUACCUACAAUUGCCGUGAUAACAAGGACUGUAUCAUUGACAAGCGUCAGCGUAACCGGUGCCAGUACUGCCGCUACCAGAAGUGUCUAGCCAUGGGGAUGAAGCGGGAAGGUAUGGGCGCAGACUUCAGAGGUGUAGAGAGAGAGAGAGAGAGAGGGCAGCCAAAAGGCGAGAACAAAGCAAGACAAAAUAAAAGCAAAAAUGAGGACAUGCCAGUGGAGAAGAUAGUGGAGGCCGAGCUGGCUGUUGAGCCCAAGACUGAGACUUACAUCGACUCCAACCUCGGAAUGGGCAGCAGCUCACCGAAUGACCCAGUUACCAACAUCUGCCAAGCAGCUGACAAACAGCUUUUCACUCUGGUCGAGUGGGCCAAGCGGAUUCCACACUUCUCCGAGCUCCCGUUGGACGACCAGGUCAUCCUUUUGAGGGCAGGCUGGAAUGAGCUGCUCAUCGCUUCAUUCUCGCACCGAUCCAUCGCUGUGAAAGAUGGGAUUCUGCUGGCGACCGGUCUCCACGUGCAUCGGAACAGCGCGCACAGUGCGGGAGUGGGAGCCAUCUUUGACAGAGUUCUGACCGAGUUGGUUUCUAAAAUGCGGGACAUGCAAAUGGACAAGACAGAACUGGGCUGCUUGCGAGCGAUUGUGCUCUUUAACCCAGAUGCCAAAGGCCUGUCCAACCCUGGGGAAGUGGAGGCACUUCGGGAGAAGGUGUAUGCAUCCCUGGAAGGAUUCUGCAAACAGAAAUACCCAGAGCAACCUGGCAGGUUUGCCAAGCUCCUACUGCGGUUACCAGCGCUGCGAUCCAUCGGACUGAAAUGCCUGGAGCACCUUUUCUUCUUCAAGCUGAUCGGCGACACACCCAUUGACACUUUCCUCAUGGAGAUGCUGGAAGCCCCUCACCAGAUGACCUAAGUGGGCCGUGGGCACUGCAACCCAGAAACAAUCUAAUCUGCCAUCCUUUUGUACAGGCUCGGUGCAAAUGCCCUCGGCCUCCCCUCUACAUUUACAGCCCCUCCUUCCCCAUCCACCCCUGCCUCCCUCCCUCCCUCAACUGUAAUUCCUCAUUAAUGAGUUGUCAAAGGAAUAAUUUUCUUUUUAUAUACACUCUGCAUCAAUCUCUGGGUCUGUGACGACCUGCUUGUUGAGAAGGCCUACGGUCCCGACUCUUUCCCCCGGUGCAGGAGAGGCUUUGUCUGACUUGGAUCUUGUUGCCGGCUUGGUGCUGGAGUACAGGGGGCAGCCUCCAGGGACGGGUCAGCGCCGGAGGCUGGACUUGGCCAGGACAUCCGAAGGCCUCCAGCCCCGGCACGACGUACGUUCCCAGCGGAAGUGCCGAGCAAGGCGGAGUUCAUCUGACCAACUCAAGAUGGAAUUCGGCCGCCUCGGACUCUGCCCUCGCGCUGGUUCAGUGGCGAACUCUCCCAAGCCGACACGGAUCCCUCCGGGCUUUGUCGCUGGGCCAGCGGGAGAGGCGAGGCUGACGAACAAAGCGCGCGCGCUUCCACGGCACCGGUCCCGGGCAGAAGUCGGAGUAGUUCUCGUUGUCGCCCUCGGUCCGCCGUCUGAAUGGUUCACAGAAUACUUUCCGCUAUCCCUUAAAUCAUCGAUUCAUCGGAACGGAACCUCCAUUUCAAACGCGGGGCCGUGCGUGCGUGCGUGCAGCAGGUGGGUGAGGUUUAUGGGAUGAAACUCCUGGCUUCAAGCCGGACGUGCUGUGGGUGAAGUGACCUCCUGUGUGUGUGUGUGUCAGUGAAAUCACUCGGCCCCAACAGCCUCCAUCCCACAGAGCAACCAGCGAUGGAUUGGUACAUCGGUCACCCCUUCAGUCCAGACCACGUCCAUGAUCAUCGGCCAGGGCCGGGGCUGCCGCUCGCAUCCAGAAGAUUCUUUGCUGCUAAGGAAUUCGUCCAAUUAAUGAGUGAAAGUCGAACCCUGGAUAUAGAACGGGGCUAGGCAGAAGGAGUUUAGCUUUACAACAUUGGAGCUCAAUUUUUGUUCAAUCUGCACUUACACUGAUCAGCGUUACUCUUCCCCAAGCACACGCCUCGUCCUCCACACUAAUACUAAUCUCCCUCUCUCCCAUGCUUCCCUCUCUCCUGUUUCUCUCACUCUGUCCCACUCUCACUCUCUCCUUCUCACUCUCUCUCCCUCUCACUCUCUCACUGUCCCUCUCUCAUUCUGUCUCUCUCUCUCUCUAUC